UCGGGGGUUCUUUCGCGAAAUUUUUGCGUAGACUGCUGUGGUAAAAGUUGUGCCUCCUACUUGAAACUUAGUGCGCGGCGAUGUUUCACGCAGGUGUUAGGCACAGACAGCGUGCUGGUGCAUGGCAAGCACGAGGAACGCCAGGACGAGCACGGCUUCGUGUCCCGCGAGUUCACGCGCCGGUACAUGCUGCCGCCGGACGUGGAUCCCGAGCAAGUGAGCUCCGAGUUCCUGGCCGACGAAGAGGGAGUGCUCGUCAUCCGUGCCGCGAAGAAGUCGCCCGAGCCAUCUGCACUCAAGGAGCGAGUCGUGCCCAUUGCUGUGCUCUCGCCAAACAAGGCCAAGGCCUGAGCAAAUACACGUUGUUGCUAUUUUA